CGACGUGCGAGGCCGAUGAGCGAACAACAGCGGCGACAUGGCGACUAGCGCUGGUAGCAGACGGAGACGCGUUGGUAUCGUCGGUUUCGGAAAUCUCGGUCGGUAUUUGUGUGAGGAAGUGCUGAAACGAUCAGAUGAGUUGGAGUUAGCGUUCGUAUGGAAUCGAACACAGACGGCAUUCCAGAAUGACGAAUUUCGUGUGAACGAAAGCUACAUACUAAGAGAUUUGAAAGAGUUUGCAUCAAGGCACGCAGACUUGAUUGUAGAAGUUGCUCAUCCGUCAGUCACUGCUGAAUACGGAGUAACGUUCCUGAAGGCAGCAGACUACAUGGUAGGAUCACCAGUCGCAUUUGCCGAUAGUUCAAUCGAACAGCGAAUGAGGGAAGAGGCUGAACAUGGAAACCAUGGUCUAUAUAUUCCAAGAGGAGCUUUAUGGGGAGGAGACGACAUUAGAAAAAUGGCAGACAGAGGCACUUUGAAGAGUUUAAAAAUCACAAUGAAGAAACACCCAAAGAGCUUCCAUCUGGAAGAAGAACUUGCGGUGAAGAACUCUGCAGUGACUCAGACUACCAUUCUUUAUGAUGGUCCUGUGAGGGCACUCUGUCCUCUUGCACCGCACAAUGUCAAUACAAUGGCAACCGCUGCAAUCGCUGCUCAUAAUUUAGGAUUCGACAAAGUACAAGGACAACUUGUGUCUGAUCCGAGCCUGACAAGUCAUGUCAUCGACAUUCACGUCGAAGGGCCUGUUAAUGAAGCAACCCAAGAACAGUUCACUGUUCAUACUGUGAGGAACAAUCCUGCCGUAACUGGACAAGUCACUGGCAAAGCCACGUAUGGCUCAUUUCUCAGCAGCAUGCUUGCUGCACACAGCAGAGGAGUUGGUAUUCAUCUGUGCUAACGGACUAUACCCACAACAUCUUAUCUCAUUCUCUUAAAUUAAACUUAAUUAAUAGCCAACUAUUCUUUGCUCUGCUAAUCUAUUGUAUCGUAGAC